AUGCUUUUCUGCGUUCUUCUUGUUCUGGGCAUCAGCCUGGUGCCCAUUUACUCCAAACCAGCGGAGGAAUAUCUGGGAAAUCCUUUCCUUCAGGAGUGCUAUUUGGAGGCAAAGAAAAUAGUGGAUGAUGCAUACAAGUAUUCCAGAGAGGAGAGUCUGAGGCGAGUCCGCAUGGAUGAGGUGAAACCCCACGAUGCUCUUCGUCUCCUGAAGCAGCCCUGUGGUGACACUCGCUCAGCUGUGAGAUCUGCAGACUACAUGACACAGACCCUCCAUCUGAUCCACAAUAAGGUGCAUCAUGUGCACAAACGCUCUCUCAAUGCAACCGAUUUGCUCUCUAAUGAGCAAUUGGUGGUACUUGCCAGUAUAACUGGAUGUGCAGCUCGAAUCAGAGCUCCAGAGUGCCGCUCCCUGCCAAACAUUAAGAAGUACCGCACAGCCAAUGGUGUCUGCAACAACCUAAAAAACCCUCGCCUUGGAGCCUCCAAUACCCCCUUCACCCGGUGGAUACCUGCUGAGUAUGACGAUGGCAUCUCCCAGCCAAAAGGGUGGAACAGAAACAAAAAAUUCAACAAUUUCUUGCUCCCAAUGGUGCGACAGGUAUCCAACAACAUUCUAAGGACAAGAGACGCAGACGUAGUCAGUGAUAGACAGCUGAGUUUCUUUUUCACCCUAUUUGGUCAGUGGAACGACCAUGACCUCACCUUAACACCUUCCUCGCCCAGCAUCCGCUCCUUCAGCAACGGGAUUAACUGUGACGAGAGCUGCGAGCGCACUGAGCCAUGCUUCCCCAUCCCGAUUCCUCGGGGUGACCCCCGCCUGCCAUCCCACCCAAACAGCUGUAUUCCUGUAUUUAGAUCCGCCCCUGUUUGUGGAACAGGAUACUCAGCCUACAAUUUUGGUGGGGAGCCCAACAAGAGAGAGCAGAUCAAUGCAGUGACAGCCUUCCUGGAUAUUGGACAGGUGUACGGCUCAGAGGAGAAACGCUCCCUGUUUCUUCGCAACCUCAGUAGUGAUCAAGGCUUGCUGAGAGUUAACACAGAGUUCAGCGACAACGGCCGCGAACUGCUGCCCUUCCACCCUAUGCAGGGACAGAUAUGUGCUACUCGCAGAAGAAUCACCAAUGAUGCCAACGCCAGAGAGGUGCCUUGUUUCAUUGCAGGUGAUAUCCGUGCUGAUGAAAACAUCGCCCUGACCUCCAUUCAAACACUGUUUAUGCGUGAGCACAACCGUCUGGCUCGCCAGCUGAAGCAAUUGAACCCACACUGGGGCAGUGAGACACUCUACCAGGAAGCUCGCAAGAUUAUGGGUGCUUAUUCACAGCUGUUCAUGUUUAGAGACUACCUGCCAUACCUUCUGGGUGACAUAGCAAAGCGCCAUCUUGACCAUUACACUGGCUACAACCACGAUGUUGAUCCCAGCAUCGCCAAUGUUUUUGCGACAGCAGCAUUUCGCUUUGCCCACUUGACACUCCAGCCAGUUAUAACCCGCCUGAAUCAAAACUAUAGAGAGGAUCCUAAGUUUCCCAGUGUCCCCUUGUACAAGGCCUUCUUUACCCCCUGGAGAAUUGUCUUUGAGGGUGGAAUUGACCCUCUGCUGCGUGGUCUGCUAGCCCGUCCAGCUAAACUGAACACUCAGGAUCAUAUGAUGGUGGACGCUGUGAGAGAAAGAUUGUUCCAGUUUGUGAAGAAUCUGGCUCUGGACCUGGGUUCUCUUAACAUGCAGCGGGGCCGUGACCAUGGCUUGCCAGGUUACAAUGCAUGGCGCAAGUUCUGUGGUCUGUCUCAGCCCCGUAACCGGGCAGAACUGCGCCGGGUUCUGAAUAACGCCAACCUGGCUAACAGGCUGCUAGAGCUCUACAAGACACCUGACAACAUUGAUGUCUGGCUUGGAGGUGUUGCAGAGCCAUUUGUGCCCGGUGGCCGUGUGGGGCCUCUGUUUGCCUGCCUUAUUGCAAAACAGUUCCAUAGGAUUCGUCAGGGUGACAGGUUUUGGUAUGAGAACCCAGGCGUCUUCACCGAGAAGCAAAGGGCUGCUCUGUCCUCUGCAAGUUUGUCCAGAAUCAUCUGUGACAACACCGGCAUUGAGUAUGUGACCCCCAAUCCCCUCAUUGCCAUCUCAAAGGGGAACGGACUCGUGCACUGCUCUAGUAUUCCUCGACUUGACCUGUCUGCCUGGAAAGAAAAAUGGUGA